AUGAUUCCUUCAAUCAUAUGUUCAUUGCUCAUCUUUUAUCAUUUUGCUCGAUUUCCACAAAUUCGUAAAAAACUUAAUAAUCAUGUCAUUUUCGUCUUAUUACUUGUUAAUUUUAUUCAAGUCGCUCUUGGUUUAUUUGAUUGGUUUUGUAAUAUAUUUACUCCGAUUAUUAUCAGUAUUAUUGCAACAAUAAUUCUUAUCAUUCGUGUACUUCUUCAAAAACGUCGUGUAGGUCAACGUGCUAUCUGGCAACGCAAUCGUAAAAUGGUUCUUCAGUUAGCAUCCGUUUCUCUUAUGUAUAUCAUCGUUUGGAUACCAAUUAUCGUUGGUUUUGUAAUUCCACUUAUCAUUCCAAAUGCAUUUAUUCUUCAAUUAUCAUCGGCUGUGUUCAUUUACUUCGAAUACAUAAGCUUUCUUUUUUGUCCAUUUAUGUGCCUAACUGGAUUGCCUGAAAUACGUCAAUCUAUCAAAAACAUAUUUAUACGAAAUAAUAUUAUACAACCGACAAUUUAA